UUUUGACCAUGUCCCAAAGAUAUUUUGUCCUCUACGUAACGAUCAUAAAUACAGUUGACUUGCAAGUUUUUUAUAUAUAAAGUCCAAUCUCAAUUAUUCCAUCCACCUGAUAAAAACAAAAAAUGGACAUCCUCAACACCGAAGAUCAUGAAACCGGAAAGUACAAUCGAGCUGAUGAACUUAAGGCAUUCGACGACACGAAACUGGGUGUGAAAGGACUAGUUGAUGCAAGAGUUACCAAAAUCCCAAAAAUAUUUGUCAGGCCACAUGAUGAACUUGUUGAAGAGUUGAACUAUAGCAAGAUCAACUUACAAAUUCCUGUUAUAGAUUUAAGUGGAAAUGAUCGACGAAUGGAAGUAGUUGAACAGAUUCGUGAGGCUUCAGAAGCUUGGGGAUUUUUCCAAGUGAUUAAUCAUGAUAUUCCCACGAGUUUGCUGGAAGAAACUAUUGAUUGCAUUCGUAUGUUCCAUGAACAAGAGAGUGAAGUUAAGAUGAAACUUUAUUCACGAGAUCGAAUGAAUAAAGUGAGAUUUGAUAGUAAUAUUGAUCUGUAUCAAUCUAGAGCUGCUAACUGGAGAGAUACGUUGACCAUUUCGAUGGCUGUUGGUGAUCUUGAUCCUAAUGAAGUUCCUGUUGUUUGCAGAGAAACAAUGCUUGAAUACAUAGAGCAAAUCACUAAGCUAGGUGGUACUCUGCUGGAUCUACUAUCAGAAGCCCUAAACCUCGAGCCGAACUACCUUAAAGACAUGGGGUGUGCUCAAGGCCGCACUUUUGUGUGCCAAUACUAUCCACCAUGCCCUGAACCAGAACUAACCCUUGGCGCUAGCAAGCACACGGAUCCUGCAUUCCUCACACUUCUCCUUCAAGAUCAAAUCGGAGGUCUCCAAGUCCACCAUCAUGACCAAUGGGCAGAUGUUCCGCCUAUUGCUGGAGGAUUGGUGGUCAAUAUCGGCGAUUUGUUACAGAUUGUAUCGAAUGACAAGUUUAAAAGUGCGGAUCAUAGAGUGUUGGCUAAUCAUCAUGGACCAAGGAUUUCGUUAGCAAGCUUCUUCACUGGUGUUGCUGUUCCUCCAAAGGUAUAUGGGCCCAUAAACGAUGGAAGUCCACCUGUUUACAAAGACUUCUUGGUAGGUGAUUAUAUGAACAAAUUCUUUACAAGACCCAUUGACAAGUCUGGUCUUGACUACUACAAGUUAUAAACGAUCCUCACUACUCCGCCCUUGUGUUAUGAUGUGUGUAACAUAAAUGUUUGUUACGAAAGCUUGCAAAUGGCAAAUAAUUACGGGAUGAGACGAACAACAAUGAGUUCUUUGUAAAGAAUUUGUAGACAAAUAAUGUGUAAUUAUAUAAUUUCUGUUGUUACAACGAUAUCUAGGAACUACUACAUACUUUAUAAUGGUUCAUUAUAUUCUGUUAUAA